CAGCUGUUAUCAGUGGGAACCGUGGCUCCUGCUACAUGUCGGUGUCAGUUUAAUUCCGGAGAAGAUGGCGGACUGCCAGGGAACAGUCUUCAGCUAACCAGCGCCGACAGACGGGAAGCUGGAGUUAAAUUUCAGCCUUCCUGGCUGGCAUCCUGAGGAGGAAACCUGUGAUUUUACCAGCAGCAGAGACUGGAUGCGGAAGGAGGAUAUGAGGCUAGCUGAGCGGCUAAUUCUGACCGUUAGCUGCGCUGCUGGGACCCAAAAUCAGAAAUAAAAUAAAUGUUUCUUCAUACAUUAAGUGGGAUGCCAAUGUGCCAAAAAGUCUCACACUUGAUUACCCAAAAGGGGUUAGGGUAAAGUUCAUAGACGUCUGUACAGUAAGGGUGCAAAUGUUGCCACGAGAAUAUGUGAGGACUCUCUGCAUCCACUGACACCUGUAUUCAAACACAACGCAGAACUGUUGACCUUGAUGAAACGGUCUUGGUCACCAUGCUGUCCCCAAAGGAAGUGCCAUCAUAGACACAAGUCACUGUGGCUCAAACAGCCGCCCAGUUUCUUUGAGCUACAUCCUUUAAGGAGACGUUGCAGCUUUUGUUGAUCCUAAACGCUGAGAUGGGCUCCCAGGCUCUUCAGAUAUUGCGGCAGGGUGUGUGGGCUUCGCUCACAGGUGGCUGGUAUGUGGACCCCCAUCAGAGCACGUUUUCCAACUGCUUCCACCUGUACCUGUGGAUAUUUCUCCUGGCCUUCCCCUUUCUUCUGUACAUGGCUCUUCCUCCCAGCUUGCUGGUGGCAGGUGCGUACUCUGCUGUGGUUGCAGUCUUUUUCACAGCCAUUAAGGUGGUGAACUACCGGCUUCACACCAUGUUCGACCUCGGCGAGAUCGUAGAGAAGAAGCAGGCCUCGCUCGCAGCAGACGCCCCAAGAGAAGAAGAAGAAGGUUCAGGAGCUCAUGAUGGGAAUCAACACAGGGAUAGUCAUGUUGGUGUAGAGAUGACUGUGUUUCGGAAGGUGAACUCAACACCCCCGGUUCGCUGCAGCUCCCAGCACUCUCUGUUUGGGUUAAACCAAGUGUCGGAGUUCUUGCCCCAGCUGGAGGAUUCAGGAGGAACUAAGGAUUUAAAAGAAAUGACACAGGAACAAGGAAGCAGUUGGGUAAUUCUGACUUCAACCCAUCGGGAGAUUGUACAAAAGUGUUCCCAGGACAUCCAGAGGGUUCCCAGUGCGGUCCAGAUGUGCAUUCCCCCUUCAUUAGGAAGAGAGAUCCCAGGUAUCAUGGGAGUAUCAGGAGAGUCAGCUAGACUUGAAGAACCUAAGGACUACUUGUCCAUUCCUCCCUCGCCUUCGAGUCAAGAAGAUGGAGGUGAGAAGGAGCAAACGGAGGAGUUACCAGAACAAUCGUCUCAUCUGUGUCCUGAGGACAUUGGGAUGGGAACGUAUUCCUCACUUGGCCCCUCUGCUGAAUCUGAGAGCCUGGGAGAUGCUCCCCUCAGCCCUCUAAUAAAGAGCAGCUUAAGCGAGGAGCUAAGUGAAAAUCUGAUGGGUUUAGGUCUGGACCCAGUGGCUUUUGUCCCAGGGACUGAGCAGCCAGGCAGCCGCAGUGGGGUAGCACUGGCUGCCGGUUCCACCGACAGUUGUUUCAGCGCAGGUGGUGCCACAACAGACCGCGAGACACUAAGCACUGUAAGUAGUUAUCGCAGUGAAAAAACUGAUUCCACUCAGCUGGAAAGUGCUUCAUUGAGCCAGCCUGCAGAUGGACAGGCGUCUGCCUCGGCGCCAGCAACAUGUUCUGAUGUUCUUAACAACGCAGAGGACACAACGGGACAGGGUGGUAGUGAUACUGACAAUCUGUCAGACAGUGUGCUGCUUCGCUCCCCUUCCAAAGAUUUAUCCAUCAGUCAGGGGCUAGAUCGGACACUCGUUGAAGGAGACGAUUUGCCUCCUGUACCUGCCAAUCUUGCACAGCCCCCUCCUCUCCAGAACUCGUCCCCUUCAAGUAGUGGACACUCAGAGGUUUGUGAUUUAGACAGAAAUGUUGCAGGUCCUCCUCCUCUUCCUCCUCGGCAGGCCAAUUCAGUGCCUUCAGGUCUGGCCAUGGGACUAGUGUGUUCUGAGCCUGCUUUGCCCAUAUCCUCCACCCCCCUACUGCUGUCAGAGCAGCCUGCUCUCCAAGCUCAACAGGUUGUGCGUCCUAAAGACUUUAAGUUGCAGCGGGCCGGCGGCAGUAGCAUGGGCCACAGGCCGGGUCGGAGGAAAGCACCGAGAAGGCGAGCUGGAGCAGGCAGCAGUAGUUUUGACUGCGGCUCUUAUAGGCGUCACCACAAUCAUAGACAACACAGAGAUUACAUCCCAGUGCGCAGCCGGUUGGGCGCCAAAGCUUACAGCGAAAGUCUCUUUGAGGAUUCCAGCGAUGAGGACGAUGGCAGUGACAUGAGCGCUGGUUCUAGUCUGGGUUCUCAGCGCCGAUACAGCUCUGACGAGGAUGAUAAUGACGACUCAAGUUCCUCUACCUCCUGCUACUCCUCAGACCAUGCCAACACUGACAUGACAUCCCUUCUCUCCACUGCUGCUCAGCUUCCCUCCCAAAGAGAGGGGGAUUUACCCGAACCCUCCGGCCCCGCUCAUCCCCGUGCUGCUCAGCGCUCUUCAAGCACAGCUAGUGCUAAGACUCAUGCUCGAGUACUAAGUAUGGACGGAGCGGGCAGUGCCCAGAGCAGCACGGCGGCCACACCCACUACACUGUCAAUGCCCUCCACCUCCACUCCAGCACCCCGCAUACUCACCAUGUCCAAAUCUGAUCUGGAGGCCCGCACCAUCCACACGGAAGGCUUCUCUGGGAGCCACCAUCAUCGACUAGAUUCUCUUGGAGGGUCUUGGACCGGAAACCAGAUGGGUUGGAGGGCCGGAGAGCUGCUUGAAGAGGGAGCUGUGGGUGGAGCUUUGGGUCCAGAGGACGGGAACAAACACGAGUCUGUCAGCAACGUUAAACGGACUCAGGCAAUACGCAGGAGACACAACGCUGGGAGCAACCCGACACCGCCUCCUUCCACCAUGGGAUCCCCUCCCAGCCUUCAAGACCUUCAGCGAUCUCGGACCUCGUCUCAUUCACGCACCCGCACGCUUCCCUCAGCCUUACAGUUUGCAUCUUCACUCCUCUUGCCCCGCAGUGGUGUCCAUGAGGCCUCCACAUUUGACGACACGACAGAGGGAGCAGUGCACUAUUUCUACGAUGAGAGUGGAGUAAAAAGGUCCUACACCUUUGGACCUGCUGGAGGUGGUUAUGAGGACCCAGUCCAGGAAAGAGAGAGGCAGUCUCAGUCCUCCAGCUUCACAUCCACCGAGGUCCAGGAAGGAGCACCGGUCCUGUCCAUCCUACAGCCCAGACCAGUGGUUCUACAGGGCAUGCAGGUGCGCAGGGUACCUCUGGAGAUGCCUGAGUUCGAUCUUGAUCACGAAUCCCUUCAAGAGUCCCAUGAAAACACUCUGAUGAUCGAGGAGAAAGCCAAACCCAAACAGUACUAUCGGUUCUGGGUGCUACCUGGAAGGUGGCUGAGGGUUCGAUAUGAUCGACUGGCUCUCCUGGCUCUACUGGACAGGAAUCGUCGAGUGGGUGAGAACGUGUUUGCCGUCGUGUUGGCCAGUCUGGUGGCCUUCCUGGGCUUCUUGCUGCUGCUGCAGGGCUUCUUCAGGGACAUCUGGGUCUUCCAGUUCUGCCUGGUUAUCGCCAGCUGCCAGUACUCCUUACUGAAGAGUGUACAACCUGAUGCGGCCUCCCCCAUGCACGGUCAUAACUGGAUCAUCGUGUACAGUCGUCCAGUGUACUUCUGCCUGUGCUGCGUGAUGAUUUGGAUCUUUGACCUGUCCGGACGCUCUGGAAGUCUGCAGCCCUUCACCCUCUAUGGCGUCACCUUCUUCUCUGCACAUUUUCUGCUGUGUGUCAGAGAUAUGCUGACUGUUUUGGCCUUGUGUUUUCCUGUCAUUUUCCUGUUUGGGUGGCUGCCUCAGGUUAACACUUUUGUUAUGUGUCUGCUGGAGCAGAUCGACAUGCACAUUUUUGGUGGAACUGCCACCACCAGCCCGCUCUCGUCUCUGUUCAGCCUUGUUCGCAGCGUGCUGGUGGCCGCUCUGCUCUAUGGAUUCUGCCUCGGCGCUGUUAAUACGCCGUGGGGGGAUGCCCAUGUGCCAGUGCUGUUUUCUGUGUUUUGUGGCCUUCUCCUGGCCUUAUCCUAUCACCUCAGCCGACAAAGCAGCAAUUCUACAAUUCUGUGGUCACUGGUCCGGUCUAAAAUAUUCCCAGAGCUGGAGAACAGAACACCUGAAGAGCCCCCUGUGGAGAUCAAGGACCCUCUCCCUGAGAAGCUGCGUAACUCUGUGAGGGAGAUUCUUCAUUCAGACCUCGUCAUGUGUCCUCUUAUGGCUGUGAUCACCUUCGCCAUCAGUGCCAGCACCGUUUUCAUCGCUCUUCAGCCUGCGCUCAGCUUCGUCCUGUACAUCCUGGCUGGAGUUGUCGGCUUCAUUACACACUAUCUCCUGCCUCAGCUCCGCAAACAGCUGCCGUGGUUCUGCCUGGCUCACCCGGUGCUCCGCUCCAAAGAGUACAGUCAGUUUGAGGUCCGAGAUGCUGCUCAGCUGAUGUGGUUUGAGAAACUGUACGCGUGGCUUCAGUGUGUGGAGAAAUACUUCAUCUACCCAGCUGUGGUGCUGAACUCUCUUACAACUGAGGCACGGACGGUUGGCCAGAAUCAUAAAGAGAUGGACAUUUACAGCCGAGCUCUCUUCAUCUCCGUGGCAGGCAUGAAGCUGCUGCGUUCGUCCUUCUGCACGCCGUCGCAGCAGUACGUCAUGCUGUGCUUCACCACCCUCUUCUUUCACUUCGACUAUCCACACUUUUCAGAGACGUUCCUAAUCGACUACUACUUCAUGUCCAUUCUCUUCAGCAAGAUGUGGGACCUCCUGUACAAGCUACGCUUUGUGUUGACGUACAUCGCCCCGUGGCAGAUCACCUGGGGCUCGGCCUUUCAUGCUUUUGCACAACCUUUUGCUGUUCCUCACUCCGCCGUGCUUUUUGUCCAGGCUGUUUUUUCUGCCAUCUUUUCCACACCUCUCAAUCCGGUUCUAGGCAGCGCUGUGUUUAUCACCUCGUACACCAGACCUGUCAAGUUCUGGGAACGAGACUACAACACCAAACGGGUCGAUCAUUCUAACACAAGACUCGCCACCCAGUUGGACCGUAACCCAGGUGCUGACGACAACAAUUUGAACUCUAUUUUCUACGAGCACCUGACCCGCUCUCUGCAGCACAGCCUGUGUGGGGACCUGCUGCUCGGGCGCUGGGGCAACUACAGCACAGGCGACUGCUUCAUCCUCGCGUCAGACUACCUCAACGCUCUGGUUCACAUCGUCGAGAUAGGAAAUGGCCUCGUCACAUUCCAGCUGAGGGGUCUAGAGUUCAGAGGUACGUACUGUCAACAGAGGGAGGUAGAGGCCAUUACAGAGGGGGUGGAGGAGGAUGAGGGCUGCUGCUGCUGUGAACCUGGUCAUCUGCCCCACAUGUUAUCCUUCAAUGCUGCGUUUGGACAGCGCUGGCUGGCCUGGGAGGUGGCUGCCACCAAAUACGUCCUGGAGGGUUACAGCAUCAGUGACAACAACGCCGCUUCAAUGUUGCAAGUGUUUGACCUUCGUAAGAUCCUCAUCACGUACUACGUCAAGAGCAUCAUUUACUACGUGAGUCGAUCCUCGAAGCUUGAAGAGUGGUUGACCAACGAGAUGAUUCAGGAGGCUCUGCGGCCAUGCCUCGGCUCCAACUACGUGGACAGUGAUCCCACCUUCAACCUGAACAUUGAUGAAGACUACGACCACAGGGCCUCGGGCAUCACCCUCUCUUCAUUCUGUUUGAUCUAUUUGGACUGGGUCCAGUACUGUAACAGCAGGCGCCAAACGCCAGUGGUUUGUGAAAGAGACUCCCCGCUCGUCAACCUGUGUUUUGGUCUGUGUAUCCUGGGAAGAAGAGCUCUGGGCACGGCGUCUCACAGCAUGUCUGCAAGCUUGGAGCCGUUUCUCUACGGCCUCCACGCCCUCUUCAAAGGAGACUUCCGCAUCACGUCUCCCAGAGAUGAGUGGGUGUUUGCAGAUAUGGACUUGCUGAAUCGAGUUGUAGCACCAGGAGUACGAAUGUCCCUCAAACUGCACCAGGAUCACUUCACGUCUCCGGAUGAGUACGAGGAUCCGAUGGUUCUGUAUGACGCCAUCACUGCCAACGAGGAGAAGAUGUUGAUAUCACAUGAAGGUGACCCUGUGUGGCGCAGUGCAAUCCUGGCCAACAUGCCCUCUCUGCUCGCUCUGCGCCACAUCAUGGAUGACGGCAGUGACGAGUACAAGAUCAUCAUGCUCAACAAGAGGUUCCUCAGCUUCAGAGUCAUCAAGGUGAACAGAGAGUGUGUCCGGGGGCUGUGGGCGGGUCAGCAGCAGGAGCUGGUCUUCCUGCGGAACCGUAACCCGGAGCGUGGAAGCAUUCAGAACGCCAAGCAGGCCCUGAGGAACAUGAUCAACUCCUCCUGUGACCAGCCCAUUGGCUACCCCAUAUACGUGUCCCCCCUCACCACCUCAUAUGCCGGGGGGCACAGUCAGCUGCGGUCUGUGUGGGGGGGACCAGUCAGCCCACACAACAUUUACACCUGGCUCAUCAGCAGCUGGGACAGGUUACAGAAGGGAUGCGGCGCCGGCUGCAACAGCGGAGGGAACAUCGAGGACUCUGACUGCGGAGGCGGCUCCACCUCCAUCUCCACCAACCCAGCCAUCCUCACCACCCAAAGUACACCGGCUUCCAGCCUGCCCCAGCCCCACAUCACCACUUUACAACCCUCCAUGGGCACAGAAAACCCCAUCGGUCCAACCCAAAGCUGGCCCCACCACCCUCAGCCUCUCCCAUUAGCUCUACUCAGCCAGUCAGAGGGCAGAAUGGAGGCAGGCCUGCUAAUGUCUCUACAGAGAACCUCCUCCAUCCAGGGGCUCCUGGGCCAGCAGCUCUCCAGCUCCCAGCUGUCCUUCAGCAGCUGUGUGGCUCCGCCCCCUCUGCCAGGUGCUGAGUGCUUCGGCCCAGUGACCCUGCUGGAAACCUCAGGGCACAGACUGGGCCAGCGGAGCGGGACACACUAUGAAGGCCACUUUGGGAAGUGGACUUUUUCAAGCAGAAAAGGCUUCGGUGGCCCGGCUGCAGUGGAAACAGAAGGAGGACCCGUACCGACAAUACGCACACAGCCCGCCCCACCACAGGAGGCCAGUCUGACCCAAGAUCCUCUGGGGGCCACUCAGACCCUGAACCCAACACCUCUGGCUCCAGGAGACCCCCCAAGCCCUAAAGAGGAAUCCACAGAGCUGCCUUUACUGGAUCACCUGCGCUGAGUCUGCACUGGUGACCGUUCCUACAAUGAAAGCACACAGUGGGCUGAACCGGGCCCACCCAGAACCAGACUCAGUCCAGCCUUCAGGACUCAUUCAGAGCUACAGGGAUUAAUAAAUUCUCCAAAGUCCCACCGAGACACCGACUAAACCUGCGUACACACAGAGCGCUGAGCCGACGCUCCACAGGCCAUUAAAUGAUUUCAACCA